UUUUUUUUUCUUUAUUAGAAGCGGUUUAUAAGCUGUGAAAUAUAAGCAGCGCCCUCUGCUGCUUCGGAGUAAACCUCGUAGAUUCCCACGAAUGGUUUUCGAUUACAAAAGUUUACAUCCCUUUCCUAUAACCCAGGGGUUCCCACACUUUUCCAGGGCAAGGCCCCCCAAAUGGCAUUAACAUUUGACGGAGACCCCCUUUUGGAAGAGGUCUUUAAAACACAUUAAAAUACAGACUUCUGAAUAUAUCCCCCUUUUUUAUUAUUAUUAAUAAUUACAUCUUACAUCUUUACAUUACAUUACAUUAGGAAUUGAUUGUGUGUGUGUGUGUGUGUGUGUGUGUGUGUGUGUGUGUGUGUGUGUGUGUGUGUGUGUGUGUGUGUGUGUAGGUGUGUGUGGUUGUCUGAGGGUGAGAAAUAAAAAAAUCAUGUAUUUAUUUAUUUUUCACACCAAAUUGUUGAGGUCCCCCGGGUGCCUCCUGGCGGCCCCCACUUUGAAAACCGCUGAUAUAGCCUACCUAUUAUACCCAUUAUACCCAUACAUGACAUCCCAUGACAUCAUUUAUCAACAUUGCAUAAUAAAGGUUCUAAAUUGUUGCUUACGCAUAAAAUGUUGAUGCCUCAUACACACAGUAACUAAGAUUCACCCAAUGUGAUUAUGCAAGUCUAACACACAAAUCUGAAUAAUGAAGUUGAAAGCAGUCCCUCCAGGAUUUUGCGAUCACAGAAAUUUACCCAGAAUCAAGCAAACUCGGCAAUAUUCUGAGGAGCUUGCGUUUUUUCAAAAUUUCUGCAGAUUUUGGCCAAGACGCGUCAUGAGAUGGCAUCACGACUCACAUGCGCCGAGCAUGAGUACAACUAAAAGGCUUUUUAGUUUUGCCAAAUUCAAGAAGUUUUCGACGACAAAAAAAAAAAACACACACACACACAAAAUACUCUUCAAUACUCUUCAUAAUUGCAUCACAAAUUUAGAAAAAAUCCGCAGCAAAAUCAAGCAUAUUUGGCGGUAACGAUCACAAAGAAAAACUCAGCGAAAUCCUGUAUGGGCUGUUAAAGGAAAACUCAAUCCUAAAACACAUUAAAUAUGUUUAUAAUGACAUAUUUGUGAUGCAUUUUGAAUUUUGGUUUUCAUUUAUUGGUUGCUGCUGUAUUUUCAAUAUUCCUGUGAAAAGUUUAGGCUCACCGUGGCUCCAGAGCCUAUCCUGGGCACACUGGGUGUAUUCUGGGAACAAAUCCUGAAUGGGAUGCCAAGGCACCAUCCACACGCACAUCCACAUACACAUUCACACAGUCAGCCAAUUUAGUGCCUGUAUCUUUUGAGAGGUGUGAGGGAAAAAGACAACCCGGACGAAACUUACACAAACUUACAAGGGAAAAACAUAGACAGAAACAUGACACACACACACAGUAACCAGUGCCCAGGAUCGAACUGGAGACCCUGGAGCUGUUCUUGCAUUGUUCUUAAGCUCCCCUGAGAAAAAAAAGGGGGAAAAAAACCUGUAAAACUUUGUAAAGUUCUGUUCAGCCACAAAGAAAAGUCUUUCCAACCAGUACUCUAAAAUAGACAUUGUGUGUGUGUGAUCACCCUUUGCACCACAUUACUACACACACAGCACAAAGAACUGAAAUAUGACACAUUACAGCUGUGCUUCUCUUACAUGCUUGAAUGAGCCUAAAUUCCACCCAGCUCUUUAAAAAGUGUGCAGAAAUUAUCGAGACGUCUUCUGACUCACUUCAAUGUGCAUGUCAGCACCAAUUAGCAUGCCAAUUAAUUACAGUGGGACAUGGGUCACUGUGAAAAUGAAACCCUCAAAUGUUACAUGCUUAAAUUCUUUCAAUACAGUCUUUCAAAUAUACUAGGCUGUACAAUUUAUGGAGGUUGUAUGUUAUUAUUUGAAUAGGUCCUUAUUUAUUAGGAGAAUUUAAAAGGAUCAAUAUUAUAAAUUAUAAUUAUUUAAUUUUGGAUAAUAAGUGCAACACAUGGCCACCUAUUCAUACUGGUCCAUGGCUGGCCUUUCGUCCUCUACUAUUGAUUCUACCCACUGUGAAGGAUUUGGAAACUAGACCACAGUGUGCUGCUUGUGGCUCCUCAAAAGCUGGCAAGACCUUGGUUUCCUCUACUGCUUUAUCUAGUUGGUUGGAAUACUCUGAGCAGAACUGCUGGCCCAAACGCAGAGAGAAUUGGCACCUUCAGCCAGGUCACCUGUGCCUGUGAGUCUACCAUUUGGACUACACGGCCAACUGCGUAAAUCACAUGGCCUGAUUCUAAUAAUGCUAACUUUUUGUACCAGAGAUUGUUGGACAGUGGCAAGUUCUCAUCUAUGCUAAAGGUGUAUGUGGCAGCCAUUGCAGCACAUAGCACUGUAGGUGGCAUGGCUUUGGCAAAUAGUUGGGGAACUGCAUGCUCUGUCGAUAAGCUCACCUUGCAUAAGCACACCUUGUGGUCGAAUUCAGGAUUCCUGCCCAAGGUCAUAUCAUCCAACUUAGUGAAUUAGUAGAUUGACUUUGCAGCUUUCAUUGAAGUUGAACCUGCACAGUGUUCCUUGUUACACUCUACAGUACACCCCCUAAAGUAUCAUUUAGACCAGUUGGUGUCCAUUCUAUCAUCAAACAACACUGUUGAGGGAAGUGCCAUGGGGCUCUUUGUCUAAGCAGAGGCUGGGCCACUGGGUGGUGGAGAUCAUCAUUAAGGCUUGAAGUCCAGGCCCUACUCUAGCAUGCUGUUCUACAAGGAGCAUCAUCUCCUCAUGGGCAUCAUUUAGAGGCAUGUCGCUCCAGGAAGUGGCACUACUGAUUCUUGGGCAUCACCAGGCACUUUGUCCAGAUUGUACAACAUUAACAUCACUCUUCUCUCUGCACCUUUCUGGUUAGUCCAGUUCCUCAUUACACUGUGGCUUACAUUAUCUUAUUGAGUUUCACUGCCCCAGGCAGCUGGCCGAGAUUAAAUAGGAGGUUAGUUACAUAUGUAAUCAUAGUUCUUUGAAAAUUCAGUUUCUGACAAAUUAUACAUCAUUGCAUGACUUGCUUGGAAGGUCUCGGCAUGUGUAUGCAUGCACACAAGAAGGUGUCCAGGUGAUUCAUACCAUCCCUGGCAUUUAUCUAGGAUACAUAGAAACCAUUAAAUGUGUGAUUAGUAUUUUGUCUAUUACAUAAGUAGCUUUGUUUAGAUAGUAGAAAACAAAAUAUGGCUUAGUGGGUAGCAUGUUUGUCUCGCACCACCGGGGAUAGGGGUUUGAUUCCUGCCUCCACCCUGAGUGACCGGCAUUUGCAUGUUCUCUCUGUGCUUCAGGGGUUUCCACUGGGUACUCCAGGUUUCCUCCCCCAGUCCAAAGACAUAUGUCGUAGGCCGAUUGCCGUCUUUAAAUUGUAUGUGGUUUGUGAGUGUGUGUGCGAUUGUGCCCUGUGAUGGGUUGGCACCCCCUGCAGGGUGUCCCCUACUUUCAGCCUUGUGCCCUGAGUUGCCUGGGAUAGGCUCCGGGUUCCCUGUGACCCUGUGUAGGACAAGCGGCACAGAAAAUGGAUGGAUGGAUGGAUAUUGUACUACUGGUAUAUACUAAACUACUAUACUAUUGGUAUAUAAUAUAUGGGAAUGGCCUCAUAUAUUCAUAUUUGAAAUCUAUCAUAUUUAUAGAGAAUUUUUUGUACUUUCUCCAGUACAUACCCAGCCUUGGCUAAAAAUAUUGAUUAUAUGAAAAUGGUAAAUAGCUUUUUAUUUUAAUUUCUACGUUUCAAAAGUGAUUUAUAAUUGAUAAGAAUCCUGGUUUAGUGCUUAGUCCAUCCACAGGAUGGUGCUAUAUGCAAAGUUCAUGUGAAAUGGCCUUUAAUGUAUGACUAAGUCCACAAGAAGUCCAGCAGCAUUCUGGUGAGUUCAGUUCCUCUUUCUUUAUUUUUGUCCUAUUAGAAUUAGUUUGCUUCUUUAACAGUGUACUGAAUCUUAUUGUGUCUGUUCAUACUCUUUCUUUUAAAAUGUGUUUCUCUUGUGCAAAAUCAACCUGUAACCUUCUACACAUUUUGCAUCUCCACAGCCUGUUUGAGUGACUUUGUGCCUUAGAAGGAAAUGUUUCAUCACUUCUUGGUUCAUGCAGCUUUUCAGAGCAGCAGAUGGCUUCCACGAGACCAACGUCUGAAAUUCCAAAUAGUUCUUUUUAUUUUUGUGGUGCUUUUUCUGACACCCCAGGUUUACAUAUUGACAAGGCCAAAGUCUUCCCGCUACUGUGAAAAGCCGCUCUUGAACAACCUCAUAGCUCUCAUUGUGUUUUCAGUCAUGGCUACAGGCUUAGCGGUGACUCUUACUCUCACUGACCCUGUGCCCAAGAGUAUCAGGGCGGCUUAUCACACAUUCGGAGUGCUCUCAUUCACUCAGGGACUUUGUACCAUCAUUCUGACCUUCAAUUCUCCCCAGUGUGAGAAUACCACACCAGAGCUCUAUCUCUUUUCACUGGUACUUUCAUGGGCUUGUAUCAUAUCAACAGGAUUCUUCAUGAUAAGAGGUUGCCUUUGGAUGUUCCACAGAAUGUGUCCAAACUGAUUCAGAGAAACACUCGUCUAGGCUGGUCUGUCCGCCUCACUGCCUCGUGCAGCCCCAUGUAUUAUUCAGAAUCUCCUGUUGAGUUUGAGAUCAGUCUACAGCUGAGCUUGGUUAGCUCCUGUUACAACGAAUAUUGGUUUACAGUGCUGGCCAUAUGAACAAUCUAAAAAUGUGAAAUGACUUUCAUAAGCAAGCAAAGUAAAUCCUUCUGCAGAUUAGUACACUGUACACUGCAUGUAAAUGAAAUAUUUAAUCCAGAUAAAAUAUAUUUUGCACAAUUAUUAAUAAUUAUUCAUUAUGAUAACCAUGCAAAGUUGAAUAAAUUACACACUUAAUCUUGAAAUAUUUGCUGCAGUUGAACCUGUAUUCAAAUGUAAUCAUUUCUGUUGAAUGACGGACAAUCAUCCUUUAACAGUUAGAUCAAUUAAUAGCAAAGUUGAAAUAUCAGUCCCUCCAGGAUUAUAUGAUUUUUACAAUCACAGAAAUGAACACAAAAUCAAGCAAGCUCCACAAUAUUUGGAGGAGCUUGCAAUUAAAAAAUUAUUUUAAAAAAAAUUUUCUGCAGAUUUGGACCAAGACGUGUAAUGUGACGUCAUCACAACGCACAUUCAGUCAAAGCCCUCUUUGAUUCAAGUGCACUGAAAUUGUGCACAGUUAAACGGUCUCAUUUACAAACAUUUUGCCAGUUCAAGUAGUUUUCCUGCAAAAAAAACACAAAAAACAUCGCAAACCCUCAUCGUAAAUGUUUUAAAAAGCCACAGAAAAUCAAGCAUUUCUGGCCGCAAUAAUCACAAACGGACCAACAUAUGAUAGUCUUUGUUGACCCCUAAACCCCCAGCUCUUAAAAACCCUGUUCUUUUUUGCUCAGCACUUAUAUUUAAUACAUAAAGAAUGGCUUCACUCACUCACAUAAAAUAAAACUUUAUUUCACUCUUUAACAAAUCUUUUAUGUAGAGAAAGAGCGUGUGAAACUUACUGAGUGGAAUGGCACUAUACUGUAUAAUGCAUUUUUAUCAGUCCAAUUAUACAUUGUGAUUUAAACCAGGCCACAUUGUUUCAACUGCCAUUUAAAUGGAAACCAAUAUAAAAAAUCUCAUACACUUUAUAUCAGAUAUUCAAGUCAUUUUUAUGCAUGUGUCAAUGAAAACGAUACUCCAGUGUCAUCCCGCCUUCCCGGUGUUGUCCACAAAAAUGUUUCUCCACACAGAUGUGUGAUUUCAUAAUUGUUUUAAUGAAAUGGGGAGUCUGAAUGAACAUCACUGGGUUUGUGCCAAGCUUCUAAGAUUAAUAACUAUUACAAAAGAUAAGGCACUUCUUUUUCCUGAGGUAUUUUUUUGUAGUGGCACACUGUGACAAAUAUACAGUUUUGCAUAUUUCUGGAAUGUCUGACUGUGUGG